GCGCGUUGGAUCACAUCGAGGCCCCGCCCCAUGAAGCUCCGGUAAAGGCGCGAGGGGGCCUGAGUACGGAGUGCGGCAGGACGACGAACGAGUCGGGAUGGCCACCGGCUGGGGGAGCCUCUUGCAGGAUGAACAGCAGCUGGAGGAGCUAACAAGGCAGGCUGUGGACCGGGCCCUUGCGGAGGGAGUGUUGCUGAGGACCUCACAAGAGCCCAGCUCCUCGGAUGUGGUAAGCUAUGCCCCGUUCACACUCUUCCCCUCACUGGUCCCGAGUGCCCUGCUGGAGCAGGCCUAUGCUGUGCAAAUGGACUUCAACCUGCUGGUGGAUGCUGUCAGCCAGAAUGCUGCCUUUCUGGAGCAAACUCUCUCCAGCACCAUCAAAAGGGACAACUUUACUGCUCAUCUCUUUGACAUCCACAAGCAAGUCCUGAAAGAGGGCAUUGCCCAGACGGUGUUCCUGGGCCUGAAUCGCUCAGACUACAUGUUCCAGCGCAACACAGAUGGCUCUGCGGCCCUGAAACAGAUUGAAAUCAACACCAUCUCUGCCAGCUUUGGGGGCCUAGCCUCCCGGACCCCUGCUGUGCAUCGACAUGUUCUCAAUGUCCUGGGUAAGACCAAAGAAGCUGCCAAGGUCCUCUCCAAUAAUCCCAGCAAGGGAUUGGCCAUGGGGAUUGCCAAAGCCUGGGAACUCUACGGCUCAGCCAACGCUCGGGUGCUACUGAUUGCCCAGGAGAAGGAAAGGAAUAUAUUUGACCAGCGUGCCAUAGAGAAUGAGCUACUGGCCAGGAAUAUCCACGUAAUCCGGCGAAAGUUUGAAGAUGUCGCCGAAAAGGGGUCUCUAGACCAGGACCGAAGACUGUUUAUGGACGGCCAGGAAGUUGCUGUGGUUUACUUCCGGGAUGGCUACAUGCCAAGUCAUUACAGUCUACAGAACUGGGAAGCACGGCUGCUGCUGGAGAGGUCAUGUGCUGUCAAGUGCCCGGACAUUGCCACGCAGCUGGCUGGGACUAAGAAGGUGCAACAGGAGCUGAGCAGAUCAGGCAUGCUGGAGGUGUUGCUCCCCGGCCAGCCUGAGGCCGUGGCCCGCCUCCGUGCCACCUUUGCUGGCCUCUACUCACUGGACAUGGGUGAAGAAGGGGACCAGGCUAUCACUGAGGCCAUUGCUGCCCCUAGCUGCUUCGUGCUAAAGCCCCAGAGAGAGGGUGGAGGUAACAACCUAUACGGGGAGGAGAUGGUAAAGGCCCUGGAGCGGCUGAAGGACAGCGAGGAGAGAGCCUCCUACAUCCUCAUGGAGAAGAUAGAACCUGAACCUUUUGGGAAUUGUCUACUACGACCUGGCAGCCCUGCCCGAGUGGUCCAAUGCAUUUCAGAGCUGGGCAUCUUCGGGGUCUAUGUCAGGCAUGUAUUAAGGAGAAGUUAUAUCAUGGAUGUGAUUCUUCCUGAAAGUGAUGUCAACACUGCACUGGUGUUACUCAAGUGGGGUCUCCAGAUCACUUGUACCCAAGUCACCUAGGGAACUUGUUAAAAUGCAGAUUCCUGAGCCCAGACUUAGAAUCACAAUCACAACGUCCAAGAAUCUGCUUCUUUACUACAAGCUGGUAUAAAUAAUCAGUAGGUUAUAUAUAAAAUAAAUAACUAAUAAGGACCUGCUGUAUAGCACAGGGAACUCUACUCAGUACUCUAAUGGCUUACAUGGGAAAAGAAUCUAAAAAAGAGUGGCUAUAUGUAUAUGUAUAACAGAUUCACUUUGCUGUACACCUGAAACUAACACAACAUUGUAAAUCAACUAUACUCCAAUAAGAAUUUUUUUAAAAAGAAUCAGUAGGUAAUUCUGAUGCACAUUUAAAGUUAAGACUCACUGCCCUCUAUCAGCUGAUUUCUACCUCCUCAGCCUUGCCUCCUACUCUUGUCUAGGCUUCAGCCUGGUUUCUUUCAGUCAUUCUUUCAUUUAUUCAUUUGCUUAUUCAACUCCUAUGUGCUAUACAUAUGUAUAGAAGAAGGCACUGAUGAACAAGAUAAGCAAGAUUCCUGACAACAUGGAGCUUAUAUUCCAAUGAUAGUGCAGGUAAUAUACAAGUAAAAAAUAUAACCAAUAUAAUUUCAGAUUAUGAUAAGCAUUAUGAAGGAUAUAAAGAAUGACAUAAUAAUGACUGAGAAAUAAUUUUCAAAAAGACAUCUUAAGGAACUUUCAGACUGUAUGCAAAGAUUUAACUCUAAGAAUAUUCCCCUCAGUAUUAUUUUUCAAUUUUAUGAUUUUAAAAUAAGUAAUACAUACAAAUGGUACUGCAUAAAAAGAUACGUAAUGAGAAGUGUCCCUCCCACCCCUACCCUCCAAUCACCCUGCCUCCUGGCAACCAUUGUAACUACUAUGUUGUGUAACUUUCCAGAAAUAGUCAGUAUGCAGACAAGGCCACUCCUAAUAAGAUGAAGGGUAUAGGGCAACUGAACUAGUGGGGAGUAACCAAGAAAUCACUUUGGAAGAAGGCUACACCAUUAGCAUCUUUCAUAAGGUCCUUAGGAUAUUGUUGAAGAUGGAAAUUUUAAAAAUGAAUUUUAAAAACUGACUUUUAAUGCUGUUCAGAAGAGAAAUAAGUACUUCACAGUCCCCAACCAAGCACGGAAUGGGGAGGUGGGAAAGAGCUGCUUCAACGAUAGGACAGGCCUAUUAGACAAGCAUAUAUACAUGCAUUUAUGUUUAUGUAUUCUCUUUUUUUCUAUACAAAUGAUGGCAUACAAUACACACUACUCUGUAUCUUGUUUUUUAUUAAAUAUAAUACACAUCCAAUAAACUGCACAAAUCUUAAGUACAGAGCUUGA